CGAGGCUGAUUUGAGAGAGAGAAUGUGUGUGUGUGCGUGCGUGUGUCAAAAGAAAGGACCUUCCCUUCUCCCACGGGCGAUCGAUAGAUCCUUGCCACGUCGCCGAGAUGCUGGAGCGAAGCUACGACUGGCGGACGCGCUACGUUUCGCCCUACCUCUUCGAUUCGUGGGCGGGCCGCAGUCCUUCGGCACUUGCUACGAACCCUCACGAGCGUUGGCACGUCAAAAAAAUCACUAUUCUGUCAUGUCAACACUGGGAAUUAGGAAGGCUCCCGCUCGCCGGCGAUGCUGGCCACUUCAAGAUGAGAAUGGAUAAUUUGGAUAUCACCGCCCGUCGUGACAUCCCCCCUGGUGUCCCCGUUAUCGACGAUAUAUGGACCAGGAGCACGAGGCACUGCUGCACUGGGCAGCUCCAGGGACCGACCGUACCGUACGUACCAGUAGUAGGUACUUCUGUAGGCUGUAGCCUGUGCUGCAGGCAGAAGCGGCCAGCACGCAGCACGCUGUGAAUGAU